AUGAGUUGUGACGAAGAUGAAAGUGGACCUUUUGUUGUGUUCUUCUUACCAACGGUUCUUGGCUGUCUAACUAUACUCUUGGCUCGCCGGUGGGCAUAUUCACAAGUUAACAAUACUUCGUCUACAGCAAUUUCUAGACGAAGGAAAAUUAUCAAGGAUCCCCUAAUUAAGCGUCCUUUACCUCCCGUAGCAACAAAGAUGGUAGCACCGAAAAAACUAUCAGCAACUGUGAAAAAAGGUACACUUAUGGCAGAAGAGGAUGUAAAUGGAAAACGAGUAAGAACUCGGUUGUUGUCCACUACUCCAGCACCAGAGGUUAAAUUAAUUGAGGGCCCUGCACCACCAAAGCAUAUACCAUUUCCGUACAUACCACAGGAUGGCGAAUUGUUGUUUGAAAUCAUGACCUUUAUAUUUUUGACAGUGGCCACUGGAUUACAAUUCUUAAAUUUGUACCGUACGGCUUGGUGGUUACCAACAUCUUAUACAACGCAAGCCAUGCACUUUCAUCUAGUGGAUCCUCAUGUUGUGAUGUUUAUCUUAGGUAUCAUAUGUCCAAGAUUAUUAUUAAGUGCAAGUGUUGCCAUCAUAAGAUUGUUUGUAGCGCCCAAAAUGAUGCCUCAUGUUAUUGUCGCAGCCAGGAUGUUUAUACUUGGUGCAAUUAUUGGUAUGCUUGGUUGGAGUACAUAUUAUUUAUUAAUGAAAUAUCCUAUCUUGAAGAUGAUUUAUCUAAUUUAUCCGUCUAUAAUAUACUUUGUACUUUUUGGAUUUCAACUGGAAGCAUUCCUAGAGUUAAACCACACUGAGACAUUACCAAUGCACAGUUGUUCACAUGAUCCUGAACAAAUACGUUCAGAGGUUGAAAUGUUAAAGGAAGAUUUUAACUUGAGGGUUAAGAAGACUUUAUUUCAUUCAAUCAUAGGGGCUUAUUACACAAGCUUUGUGCCAUGUUGUUUUGCUCAGCCUUUUCUAUACUAUGAUGUAGUACUAGCUGCACAACAAGUUGGACUUGUAUGGGGCUCUCUUUGUGGUCGUUACGCAGCGCAAUUAAUUCCGGCUGCUUUUUGUGAUGCUCCUCAUAGAGCAGCCAGGCAUUUAGGCUCGUGGCAGCUUGAAGGACCAGUUACAGGUGAAUCCAGUGAUUUACCUUAUUGGUCUGGGAAUCGAAUAUGGUCACUUGGUUCGCGGGUUCGCAUAGGUGACCAGGUAUACAUCGCUAAUUCGCCAACAGUCGCUGCAGAUCCCACAAAUACAGCUCAUGUUAGAUUUCAUACUGUGUUCAACAAUCCAUCAAAACUACUGUGUCUGCUGGUUUGCUUGCAGCUGUCACUAGUACUUCUACAGUUAUGUUUAUUGUUCAGCUCAAUAGUGUGGCAUUACUUCUUGUCAAUAGUAGUCUUAUUAUUUAUUAACUAUUAUUCACUUUAUAAGAUGCUCCGAGACUAUCUUGUCGCAUGGAAAGUUUACAAAGCAGAACAUUUAAUUCAAGACAAAAACAUUCAAACAAAUUAG